AUGGCGGAUGCGGAGCCGGAGGCUGAGGAUGGCAGCGAGGAAGGCGGCGGCGGCCGGGCGCCCCCCGGCCAGAGCGGCAGCUCGGCGCGCGUGGCCCCGCUGGGCCCCGAGCAGCUGCGGCGGGUCCUGGAGCAGGUGACGAAGGCGCAGCCGCCCGCCGGGCCGCCGCCGCCCCCCUUCGUGCUGCAGGACGCGGCGCGGCGGCUGCGGGACGCGGCGCAGCAGGCCGCCUUGCAGCGGGGCCCCAGCGCCGAGCCCCCGCGCCCGCCGCGCCUGCUGCCUCCCCAGCAACUGGAAGCCAUUUGUGUUAAAGUAACGUCUGGAGAAAUGAAAGGUCAGGAGAGGCCAACGCCCCCACUGGCCACCAUCCAGCCCAAGCCAGCCAGCCUGAGCCAGCUGCCCGUGAGGCAUUCCAGGGUGCUGGGGCUUAGGGUGCAACCCGUCUUGAACACCGGGCCACAGCCGCGCUUCCCAGGUAACUUACCUCCCGUUCAGGUGUUCAUACAGAGGCCACUGCCCACCCUCCAGCCAGUGGCUCCGAACGGACAGGGUGCCGCGCUGGCCCCUUUCUCAGCUUCUGACCCGCCGGCAGCAACAUCUGUGUCAUCCAGCUCUGCGAAUUCAUUUAUUUCGCACACGAAACACACUGAGAAACUAAAAAAAUCUUUAAAAGUGAAAACACGUUCCGGACGGAUAUCUCGACCUCCCAAGUAUAAAGCUAAAGAUUAUAAAUUCAUAAAAACAGAGGAUUUGGCUGACGGUCACUUGUCAGAUUCUGACGAUUAUUCAGAACUGAGUGUGGAAGAGGAUGAAGAACAGAGGGGAAAGCAGGCGCUCUUUGACUUGUCCAGCUGCUCCCUGAGGCCCAAGACUUUUAAGUGUCCAACGUGUGAAAAAUCCUACAUUGGAAAGGGGGGCCUGGCCCGGCACCUCAAACUUAACCCAGGCCACGGCCAGCUGGAGUCCGAGGUGUCGCCGAGUGAGAAAGCCAACGGGAGCAGGAGUGCCAGCCGGACCUCGCCGCAGCUGCCCACGCCAGCUCUGCUGAGUGAGGAAGCGGCCCCGUCGGCCGGCGCCGGCCUGCAGAAUAGCCAGUCUAUAGAAGUUGAAGAGGCCUUGGUAUCUGAACCAGAAAAUGGAAGUUAUUCAGCACUUUUGGGACCAGAGGGACACCCAGGCCCUAGAAGAAGUGACUGCUCCACAGCUCCUGCAGAGGCCAACACAGCUGUCCUUGGGCGGAGCAGCGAGGCUCACCUGCCUGAGGAUGCCCGUGCGGCAGGCGUGCAGAGCACUUCGAGGGCCAGAGCCAGGCUCAAGGAGUUUCUCCGUGGGUGUGACCGGGACGCACUAGUGGAAUUGGCCUUGCCUCCAUUGGCCCAAGUCGUGACCGUGUACGAGUUCCUUCUGAUGAAGGUUGAAACAAGUCAUCUAGCAAAGCCUUUGUUUCCAGCUGUGUAUAAGGAAUUUGAAGAGUUGCAUAAAAUGGUUAAGAAAAUGUGUCAAGAUUACCUCAGUGGUUCUGGCCUAUGUUCCCAGGAGCCUCUGGAAAUAAGCAACAAUAAGGUGGCCGAGUCUCUGGGAAUCCUGGAACUCCUGAGGACGCGAGCAGCAUGCCGCAGCGGGGGGCCGGGCCGGGCCGAGCCGGAGGACGCCAGCCAGCAGAAGCGGGCAAACGAGACUGCAGAGGAGGGACUGGCCUGGGCGAAGAGGACCAGAAGAGAAGCCGCCCCCCGGGACACCCUGGAGCCUUCUGUGGACGGCGGAGGCCUGCAGAAGCCCGCCUCGUGCGCCCCCGCUGCCAGUGAGGGUUGUGCCUCUCAAGGGAGGGGGAGCACCUCUCAGCACUCUGAAGAAAGCCACGCGAUGCUGGUUUCUGAUAGUGACGGAAGCAUGUUACACACGGGCCGGCAGCUUAAAGCGUUUGCUGACUUAGAGGCCAAGAGUGGGUCUGUAGCUCCUGCCCUCUCGUGUCAGAGUAUCAGCGGGCCGAGUCUUUAUUCUCAGUUGGGAGAGCCCGGGACGCGGACACGGGGACAGGUGGCCGCAUUCCCUGAAGACAAUGCUCAGGAACAGUCUGUGGCCUGGCACGCCGGGGACAGCCUGGGGAGCCGGCGCCUCUGCAGCCCCUUGCUGCCCCCUGGAGCAGUGGAAUCCCUGCUGCCUUCGGGGUCUGGAAGCCUUGAGGUGCAUGACUCCCACCAGAAAGGCCAGCGGUCCAGCUCCAGCGAUGUCCUGCUCACAGAGGUCGUAGGCCCUCGGCUGGAGAAGGUUCUGUCUGUGAACGUGGUGCCCGCUGACUGUGCCCCCAGGACCGUGCGGGAGCUGGGGCCUCAGCCCGGCCAGGCUGCGUUGCUGUCCACUGGUGGGGAUCAGAGAAGCCGUGUAGGGGACUUGGACCACUUCCCCUGCGGGGCUGAGGUACAUGCUGACCAGCAAGAACUGGAGAGUGUUGUCGCUGUUGGCGAAGCCAUGGCUUUUGAAAUUACCAACGGGUGCCACGAGCUGCUGUCUCAGGGACAAGAACAGAUGUUUCUUCAGACUUCCGACGGGUUGAUCUUGUCCCAUCCAGGCUCCAUAGUGUCUGGGGAGGAGGACAUGGUCCUAGUGGCAGGUGCGGAGGGGCCUGCCCUGCACCCGGGCCCCCAGGAAGGGGCUCCUCUAGAAAGCACAGAGGCAGAGGCUGCACAGUGAGGUGCCGUCAGACCACGGUCCCGGACGUGCGGGUAUUUUAUCCAGAGAAGGUCUAUUUGAAGUAAUGUAUAUUUUUCUAUGUGAAUACUGAUACAAAUGAAUGUCUUAUUUAUAAAGGAUGAUGUCUUUCUACCUGA